AUGACGUCCCUCCUCCCUGUGCUUCUCUGCCUCGGGCUGAGUCUGGACCAGAGGAUCCACACGCAGGCAGGGACCCUCUCCAAACCCACCCUCUGGGCUGAACCAGGCUCCGUGAUCCCCUGGGGGAGUCCUGUGACCCUCUGGUGUCGAGGGGCCCUGGAAGCCCAGGAGUUUCGUCUGUUUAGACAACAACAACGUGUACUUUGGAAGACACAGACUCCAUGGAAGCGCAGGGACAAGGUCCUGUUCUCCAUCACACACAUGACAGAGCAUGAUGCAGGGAGAUACUACUGUUACUACAUCAGCUUCAUUGGCUGGUCACAGUUCAGUAACAUCCUGGAGCUGGUGGUGACAGGAUCCUACAGCAAACCCAGCCUCUCAGCCCUGCCCAGCCCUGUCGUGACCUCAGGAGGGAGUGUGACCCUCCGGUGUGAUUCAGGGGAGGGAUUUGACAGGUUCAUUCUGACUAAGGAAGGAGAACACUUGCUCUCCUGGACCCUGGACUCACAACCACACACCACGGGGCAGUAUCAGGCCCUGUUCCCUGUGGGCCCUGUGACCCCCAGCCACAGGUGGAUGUUCAGAUGCUAUGGCUUUUAUAGUUACCGCCCCCAAGUAUGGUCACACCCCAGUGACCCCCUGGAGCUCCUGGUCCCAGGUGUGUCUGGGAAGCCCUCCCUCCUGGCCCAGCAGGGCCCCAUCGUGGCCUCUGGACAGAGCCUGACCCUCCAGUGUCGCUCUGAUGUCGGCUAUGACAGAUUCGGUCUGUCCAAGGAGGGGGCACAGGACCUCCCCCAGAGCCUUGUCCUGCAGCCCCAGGCUGGGCUCUCUCAAGCUGACUUCCCCCUGGACACUGUGCGCAGCUCCCACAGGGGCCGAUAUAGAUGCUACGGUGGACACAAUCUCUCCUCUGCAUGGUUUGUCCCCACUGACCCCCUGGACAUCCUGGUGGCAAGAUGGAUAAUUGACAGACCCUCCCUCUCGGUGCAGUCAGGCUCCAAGGUGACCUCAGGAGAGAAGGUGACCCUGCUGUGUCAGUCACAGACCUGGAGGAACACUUUCCUUCUGUCUGAGGAGGGAGCAGUGAACCCCUUUUCCUCAUGUCUAAUUUCAGAGUUUGGAGCUCAGCAGUACCAGGCAGAAUUUUCCAUGAGUCCUGUGACCUCAGCCCACGGGGGCACCUACAGGUGCUACAGCUCACUCAGCCCCUCACCCUACCUGCUGUCACAGCCCAGUGAGCCUCUGGGGCUGCGGGUCUCAGAAGCAGCUGGGAUGCUGGGACCAUCACAGAACAAGUCCGACUUCCAGAGAGCCUCAACCACCCAAGACUACACAGUGGGGAAUCUCAUCCGGAUGGGUGUGGCUGGCUUGAUCCUGGUGGUCCUCGGGGUGCUGCUGUUUCAAGCUCAAAUCAGUCAGAGGAGACCCUACGCUGCAGCCAGGAGGCGAACACAGAGGCAACAAUUCACCGUUUAGAGUCGGGGAGCUCGUCUGAUGGACCCAGGAGGUGGUGAAGGAGAAUCUGGACCAUGACGUGGG